UUGAAAUGUUAAAACUCCUCGAGUCACAUUUUCUCAUAAAAGAGGUAACAACACUAGAUAGUGAAGACAAGCAAGGAGGUAUAGUAGAUCCCGACUCUGACCCAACAAAUGCUAAAGCAAAUAAUGAUCCAUCCACAAAGUUAACUCUUGAUAAGAGACGCAAGGUUCAGAAAAAGGUGGAGGAUAAGGAACUUCUAAACAAUCUUGAUGAUUAUGCAGCAGUAGAUGUUCACAACAUUAGCUUAAUGUAUCUGCGUCGUAAUUUAAUGGAGAACUUGAUUGAGGAUGAUGAAUUUGAGGAGAAAGCAAUUGGAUCCUUUGUAAGAAUAAGGAUUUCUGGGCUGGGACAACGGCAAUAUAUGUACCGGUUGGUCCAAGUUAUCGGUUCAGGCAAAGCAACAGAACAAUACAAAAGUGGAAAGGGGAUGACUGAUGUAACACUUGAGAUACUAAAUUUAAACAAGAAGGAGAUUAUUACAAUUGAUAUCAUCUCAAAUCAGGAGUUUACCGAGGAGGAAUGCAAACGCUUAAGGCAGAGCAUUAAAUGUGGGUUUAUUGGACGACUAACAGUGGGAGAAGUUCUGGAGAAGGCAAUGUCUCUCCAACAUGUAAGAGUAAAUGAUUGGUUGGAAAGUGAGAAAUCGAGGCUUGGUCAUCUUCAUGAUCGUGCUAGUGAAAAAGACCGCCGGAAAGAGCUUAGAGAAUGUGUGGAGAAGCUACAACUGUUGAACACGCCUGAAGAGCCAGACCGCAGGCUGAAUGAAGCCCCUGAUAUACACACCGACCCACAUAUGGACCCAGACUUUGAGUCUGCAGCGGAAGAAGAGGCAGAUGUGGGAAAGCAUGAUUUCUAUGACAAGUUGAGAGAAUCUUCUUUCACUAGGAAUGGGAGGGAGGUAAAGUCUCCUGGGAAAGGAGCUUCAACUGAAAAUUGGAGUAGUUUCCGGAAAAACUCAAACGUUUGGGAGUCAAACAGAAGUUCUCAAAUUCAAGUUAGGCCUUUGUCAGAUUCCUUUUCUGGGAGACGUGUUGAUGCAACUGAUUUUUCCUUGAACCAGUCUAAUGACACGCGCCAGCUAGUUUCUGAGGUUCCAAAAAAUUGUGUACUUGCAAGUGCACCAGAUGGCAGUCUGUACAACGAGAAGCAUCUUUCAAUGGAACAAUCAUCUGAGGGUCCGCAUGGUAAUCAAAAGGCAUCAUUGCCAGUUGGGAAUGCAACUAAAUCAAACACAAGUGAAUCAGAAACGAUUUGGCAUUAUAAAGAUCCAUCCGCAAGAAUCCAAGGACCAUUUUCAAUGUCUCAAUUGCGCAAGUGGAGUACAACUGGAUACUUCCCUCCUAAUUUGAUGAUUUGGAGAACUUCUGAUAAGCCUGAGGACUCUAUCACGUUGACUGAUGCAAUGGCAGGGAAAUUUGAGAAAGAUUUACCUGAGUGGGAACCUCCUUCUAAGAACACUGAGGACUUAGUUGAUGUUUCACCUACUCCAUUUAGUGUGGAAGGAAAUUCAGAAAGUGUUCGGAGAGGAAGUAAGGAAAAUACACAAAAGGUGAAGCCUUCUUCCUGGUCAUCUACAAACGUGGAUGCCCCUUCCAGCACAUCACCAAAUGCUGCCAAUAUUAGGGUUGGACAAGGACAAAAAAAAAACCAAUUGAGUCACAGCCUAAUAGUCAGUACUAUGUGAAUUCUCAAUUCAAUAGCAACUCUACAAGUAAUCAAUUAUCCAGUACCAUUACAAAUAUCUCACUAAAUGACUCGUAUCAGCUGAGAAAUGAUUCUUCCAAUGUACCUACUCUGACUUCACAACCAAGCAGCCAAGGUUGGUCAAAUGCCAAAGGUUUUGCAAAUAAACAUAUGGCACCUAAUGUUUCUGUCCAUUACACGGCUUCAGGCUGGGUUACUCCUACAGGAGGCAUGGAGGAAAUAGUGUUUUUAAGAAAUAUGGCAAAUUCAUUAACAGAACCUGGUUCGGGCUACACAGUUUGUGCCUGAUCAAGCUGUUGUUCGAGAUGGCGGAAAAUCUCUUCACGUUGCAUCUGUUCUGGAACCUGAAAUGAAGAGGCCCCGGACCCAUGAAGGAGCAGCAAAUGAGACGAGUUUUUCUGAAUAUAAUCAAGCAGCCUCUCAGUCGGCUGACCAGAGUCAAAUUCUUCUCACACAUGAUCAAAACCACCCUGGAAAACAUUCACUGACAACACAAGGUAGAUCAUCCGAUGGUAUUGGACCAACUAAUGAUCCUGUUGCCUGUGUUCAAAUUGUGACUUCACAAAAGUUUGAAACACCUGAUGUCAGUACACCCUCAGUCGAUGCAACUAGAAAAUUAUUUGUUCAAACAGAUGCUUCAGAGUCUAUCUUAGCUCAGAGAUCACAAGCUUCUGCAGCUCCAAAUUCUGAGCUUCUGAAUCCAGCAAACUUUGAAAUUCCAAUACACAUGAGCAACACUUAUAAUCAAAUGCCAUCAUCGAACAUGGCACCUUAUGGUUGGAGCUCUGCUCCCAAUUCUGCUGCAGCUAGCAACGAUAAUACCCAAUUGCUCUGUUCUAAUGGUUCUAACCCACCAUCUUCACAGUUUGGAUCAAAUGCCAAUAUCAUAUCUGUAAAACCAACACAGAUGGGAUUUGUUAAUGGAUCUAAUAUUCAAAACUCAAUAUUUCCGAUGGCUUCACAAAACCCAAGCACAAAUCCAGGUUCUACACAAGGGACUGGAAGUUGGACAGCAGUGCCUCAAGGAAACAUGAACAUUGGCUGGGGAAUGGUAGCUCAGAACAAUAUGAAUAUGCCUUGGGGACAGACUACUCAAACACUUGCAGAUUUUAACAUGUGUUCGGGGGUACAAAAUCAGGUAAAUCCUAUGGUGAACCCUGGUUGGGCUGCACCGGCACCGGCACCGGGAAACACAAAUAUGAAUGCAGGUUGGGUAGCCCCAGCAAUGGGUAACACAAAUCAAACUCCUGGAUGGGGAGCUCAAUUGCAGGGAAAUUUUCCCAUGAAUCCCGUUUGGCCCAUGUUUAUGCCAGGACAGCCAAACCCUAGCCCUGGCUGGGUAGCUCCGCUACAGCCAAACACAUGCCACACUAUGGAAACAUCUGCACAAGCCAUGAACAUGAAUCCGGCUUGGGGACCAGGACAAGGAAAUAUUAAGCCUUCAAUGAAUCCACCUGUUGGAAAUCCUCAGAGCUUUAGUAGUCAACCACCGCAAGUGAAUCCACCAGUUGGAAAUCCUCAGAGCUUUAGUAGUCAGCCACCCCAGGUGAAUCCACCAGUUAGAAAUCCUCAGAGCUUUAGUAGUCAACCACCCCAGGCUGGAGACGGGCGUACAGGCCAGGGUGACAACCCGAGGGCCAAUGACUCGAGACAACCAAAUCCGAGGUCAUCAUGGAACAGGAUGCAGCCUGGAGGAUCAUCAGCUCCCCCAAGAGGGAACACAGGCGUGUGCUGGUUUCAUGAGAUGGGGAACUGCAAGAAGGGAGCAUCAUGUAAGUAUUUCCAUUCAUGAUUUCAGAAAGAAUCUAAAGCAUCUUUAUCUUAUUUUGUUUUCUUUAGGCCUAUUUCUGUAUGCAUUUAAGUUGUAUUUUGUGGUGCAUGUAAAAUUUAGAUGAAGUUGAAAGAUCUUAAAAGUUGUCACCCAUUA